CUCGGGUCCAUUCACGCUCUUAUAGCUCCAUUUCACUCUCGUUGUACCAUGGCUGCUCAACACUCCCAGGGAAUCCAAACUCUUCUUGAAGCAGAGAAGGAGGCGGCGAAGGUUGUCGCGCAGGCACGCCAAUACAGGGUACAAAGGCUAAAGGAUGCCCGCUCAGAAGCAUCGAAAGAGAUUGAGGAGUAUAGGAAGGCCAAGGAAGCCGAGUUCAAGGCCUUCGAGGAGUCGCACGCCGGCACAACCCAGACGGCACAAAGCGCUGUAGACGCGGAGACAGAUGAGAAGCUUAAAGAGGUCGAGGGUCAGUUCGAAUCAAACAAAGAUGCCGUUGUCAAGAAACUGCUGGAUCGCGUUGUCCUUGUCACCCCGCAACUUCACCGCAAUCUCAAGAAGCUGGGUACAGAGAACUCCUCGCAGUGAUCUCCCAUACUUUACGAAACCCUCUUUACCUUGUCAACUCCUUUCCCGGACGGACCCAACUACAACGAAGCCUCCGAACGCAAUGCAUACGUAUGAUGUACUUAAUUAUCCUGCAUCGUGCCCUUCCACGCCAACGAUUACUCUUUGAAACUCAUCCUACUGUCACUGCACU